AUGGACGAGGAGUACAAGGCUCUUACGCUGACGCUCCAUGCGUUCUAUACUUUUGACCGUUGGCUGUACCAGCAAGUUUAUAAGCCGAAGCUGAUCAAGUAUAAAUCACUUUCCACCGAGGAGCAAGAGAUCCUCGAUUUUUACCCUCAGCUACUUUCUGACCUUGAACAAUGCUUGGGUAUCAACGACUCCUUCACCAAGCAAUUGGCUCUUGUAGCUGCUGAAGAUUGGGGUGUUCCAACCUCUCCUGACGAAUGGGCCAAAGGGACCCAACAGGAGUACGAUAAAGUCAGACUGACGCUUCUUCAGUUAUCGCGUGAAUGGAGCAGUGAUGGUGUGGCCGAGAGAGAAGCCACAUAUGGACGAAUUGUGGAAGCUGUAGAAAAAAGAUUGAAAAAUGGUCGUGUUCUUGUACCUGGCUGUGGGCUCGGUAGACUUGUCUACGAGUUUGUUCGUAAAGGUUACUGGACCCAGGGUAACGAGGUGAGUUACCACAUGCUUCUAGCACUGGGGUACGUGCUUAACAGGAUGCCCAUGGCACACUCACAUACGGUGUUCCCGUACAUUUUCAAGCUGUCACAUGUAUCAAGAAGGCUACUCCAAGUAAGACCAGUGACAGUGCCGGAUGAAAGCCCCAUGGGAAUAUUCGAAGGACGUGAAGAUGCUGGUGAAUUGAUGUCUAUGGCUGCGGGUUCAUUUGUAGACCUCUAUGGGCCUCGUGGUCUAGCUGUCAGCGACGCCUAUACUGAAGAUGCGGCAGCCAGCGAAUUCAGAGGAGAGAACGCUGGAGCUUUUGAUGUGGUGGCUACGUGUUUCUUCUUGGACACUGCCCAUAAUGUUCUUGACUAUAUCAAGACGAUCCACCACUGCCUUCGCGAGGGAGGAAUAUGGGUUAAUUUGGGACCAUUACUUUGGCACUACGAAGGUGACCUGAACACAAUUGAAGUCAAAAGGGACGGUGAAACCGUGAAUCUGAUCAUGGAAGGAUUAGAGUUGACAAGAGACGAGUUGGUGGCAGUGAUUGAGAAGUUGGGCUUUGAGUUUGAGGAAAGAGAACUGGGCAUCAAGACAACCUACAGCAGCGACCCCAAAGCUUUGGGGAAUUUUGUAUAUGAUACAGAGUUCUGGGUCGCCAAGAAGGUCAGUGGAAAGGACGACAAGAAGCCUCUGGAUCAAGCUCUCGGAUAA